AGUCCACUUUAUGCUAUCAUCAUAAAGAAACUUUUUUAAAAAAAAGACAGUUGUUGCUGUUUAAGCAUGUAAUGUAAUUUAUUGACAUAUACAAAAAAAGAUGGCAAAAGUUUUAGUGGAGAUAACAUGUGUGUGUUUGUUUAUCUUUAUGUUGGCUCGCUUAACAUUAAACUCGCUUAACUUUGCUUCAUGUGGAGUUUGUGCUGCUAACGGUUACAUAGUGGAAGUAUGUGGGAACUCAUCUAUUUUACCACAAAGAGCUUCAGACGCUGUUAAUGCCGUUGGCGCUUUGUUUGAAAGCAUAAAUUCUGCUGUUUUAAUUCUAAUAAUUCUAUCUUGGAAGAAAUUUCAUAAUUUAAAAUUCUUAAUUUCUUUACCUUUAACUGGUCAGACAUACAUAUGGUUCGCCUUAGUUUUGUUACAAUCUAUAGCCGCUAUGUACACUGACUUGGUUCACAAAGGAACUUAUAAAAUGCUACUUGGAGUCUCGACUGUUAUUGAAAUCAUUCUUACAGCAAAUCUAGCUUCAGCUAUCAGUCAUAUUUCCCGACGGAUGAUAAAGGCUUGGAUAAAUCAAGUUUUUGGAACUAAAUAUUUCUUCAACCGUUUUCUAAUAAUUCUUUAUGACGUCAUGUUGUUAUCAUAUGUAUUCCGCCAUCUUGGUUUGUUUUUAUACGAUACCGCUUUGGUUGCAAGAAGUGUGAGUUUAUCCAAUGCGAAAUCAAAUGCGAAAAAAGAUUGGACAAGUUUUUUACUUGUAAUGUCUGUUGCUUUGAGAGGAAGCUUUGCUAGGUUUUUCUUCACCAAAUUUUUUAAAGAUAGAAAUUGGGACACAGUUUGCGGUGAUAAUGAUAAUGAUAAUCCUCAAGUGAUCAUGGAAAAUGAUGGACAAAAUGAUGUUGUCACUACCACCCCCAAUGCUCGAAUCAGUAAUGCGCAGGAAGGAAGUGGAUCACAGACAAGAUACAGGAAUUUAAGGACGAGCUAAUUCUAGCGAUCGGAAAAAUAAAAGCACAUUUUUUAUUUGGACUUCCAAACACAAGAAACAAGCUUUUAGAGUAACGAAUUUAUGAAGAAAACUUAUUCUAUGUAAAGGGGGUUUUAAACCUAUUGGUUUGUGGUUUACAAAAAAAAACUGACUUGUUUUUGACAGAAUGGCAAUUCAGUAUCAACGUCAAGAAUGAUAUUUUGCUUACAUAUUUAUAUAUACAUUUAUUGCAAACAUUCCACACACAACUUCAUGUAAUCUCAACACAACAUGUGAAGAGUCAAAUUUUUAGUUCAAAGGAACAUGCAACCCUGGAGAUUUUGAAGGGGGAGAAGGGAAGGAAAGGGAAGGGAAGAGGGGCAGGGAGGGGGCUUUAUUUAAGAUUUCACGAUAUGCCCACUCUGUAACAGUGAAAAUUGAAACUAAUAUUGAUAGUAAGUUCCAUAACAUUUCUUGCAAUUUUAAUUCCGCUACUCGGGUUUGUAAAAUCAUAAAGUUAGAAAUAAAUCUAUUUCUACAUCCAUGGUAAAAUGAAGCAUGGUCUGAAGAUUUCCAAGAUGUAUAGAAAUUUUAUGAAUUGACGAUUCUUAAAAUUGCUAUCUUCUCUCCUUUUCGCAGAAGGAAUGGAGUUACUGUGCUGUAGCUUGUUGCAGGCCGCCCGCAAAAAUCUAUGGAAACGAGGUUAGGUGCAGGCCAAUCUUGUUCUUACUGUUUCUUUCUUAAUUUGUGACAUGUGGCAAACUUUGCAAAGCUCUGUACUCGAAUU